AUGACCAAAUACGCUUUAAUUUCUGGUGCCUCAAGUGGUAUCGGUUAUGCACUCUGUGAGCAAUUCUCGAAAAAAGGCUACAAAGUCUAUGGGUGUACAAGAGGAGCGGAAGUUCACCUUAUGAAGCCAUUAACCGAAAAAUAUGGUGUAACUGCAUUUUCUUGUGACAUUACAAAUACUAAGGAAAUUUUAAAGAUGAAAGAAGCAAUCUUGGAGGAGACUGGUGGCAGAUUGGAUAUCUUAUAUAACAAUGCUGGUAUUGCUGCUGGUGGACCAGCUUGUGAAUCCGAAGAUCAAAAGGUCGAGAAGAUAUUCAGAGUUAAUGUUUUCGGACACAUUGCAAUGACAAGAGAAUUCACUGAAGCUAUAGUUGCAACCAAGGGUACCAUUAUUUUCACAUCAUCCGUCGCUGGGAGGGUUCCAAUGCCAAUGGUUUCGUUGUACUGUGCUACAAAGGCUGCAAUUGACCAAUAUGCACAUGUCUUAUGCAUGGAAAUGAAGCCUUAUGACGUGAAGGUCGUUUCCGUUAUCACGGGUGGUGUGAAUACUGCCGUGGGAGAUAACGGUAGGGAUGAUUUCGAUGAAAAUGCGCCGCUGCUCUUCAACGUUCCAGGAAUACAAGAAUGUGCAGAAGAAGUUGCAUUAAUGGCUAGAAAGUGCCCAAUCCCCGUGCAGCCACACGAGUACGCCACUUCAGUGGUAAACUAUCUCACGGGCCACAAGAACCCUUCCUUAAAUAUUUAUUAUGGUGGUAUGUCAUGGAUCUUGAACUACUUGGGCAGAUACACGCCAGUUUGGGUGCAACAGUUCUUCAUCGGCAAACAUUUCAAAUUUGACAAGGUUGCGGCAAAUAUUAGAAAGAAGAGAGCUCAAAGGGGGUACUAA